UCUCAUCCUUGUCCAGACAAGAGAGCUCUUGUGACAAUGACAGUUGGAGAGAUAAAGAGAGCAAGAGGCUGGGAGAGUGAUGAAGAGUGGACAAGGCAGAUUGCUGUGAACUGAGUUUAGUGUUGCGGAGGGGACAAAAGGAAGCAAGUCUGUGCAGGGAGGAAAGAAGCUGGUGAGACUGAUCAGACACAAGAGAGGCUGAGUACCCAUGAUGUCAUUGACUGCGCCGGCUGGUACUCCCUCUCCCUCCUCCCUUCCUCUCUCCUCUCUGCCUCUCUGCAUCUCUCCAUCUCUGUCGUCAUUGUGAGAAAACCUGGGAGUGGCCGGAAGGAGGAGAGCCAGAAGAGAAAGAAGAAGAGGACAGAGGAGGAGGAGGACGGAGAGUUCGAUCAAGCCAUACCUUCAAAUCAGAUUUUUCCUGGAUAUUUUCACAGCGUCCUUCCAUUUACGGCAGCAGGAUGGCUGAGGGCUCCGUGUCCAUCGCAGAGGUGGAGACUUCCUUCCAGAAGUUUGCUGUCCAUGGGGACACCAAGGCCACAGGGAAGGAAAUGAACGGCAAAAACUUUGUCAAGCUCUGCAAGGACUGCCACAUCGUCGAUGGCAAGAACGUCACCACCACCGAUGUUGACAUUGUUUUCAGCAAAGUCAAAGCAAAGUCAGUUCGUGUAAUCACAUUUGAGCAGUUCAACCAGGCCCUGACUGAGUUGGCUCCAAAACGUUUCAAAGGCAAAAGCAAGGAGGAGUCACUACAGCAGCUCUAUGGUCUCAUUGCUGGGAAGGAGCCCGCCAACGUUGGAGUCACUAAAGUGGCAAAGGCAGCAGCAGUGGACAGACUGACUGAUACCACCAAGUACACUGGAUUACAUAAAGAGCGGUUUGAUGAGACUGGCAAAGGAAAAGGGAAGGCCGGGCGUGAGGACAUCCCAGAUACCAGUGGCUACGUGGCAGCUUACAAGGGCAGCGGCACUUAUGAUGACAAAGUGAAAGAAGCAUAAUCCUGUUGAUAGAUUAUGAAAACUUGAACCUGAAUCAGGGGUAUUACACAAAAAAUGAACAAAAAUUCAUUGGCUACUCUAUUUUUCAACACAAAAGAAAUAUACAUAUGUACUGUGGGCCUAUUCAUGACACGCUGACAACAAUUCAACAAAAAAAAUGUAUAAUUGGUCUUUCAAAGUUUUCAUAAUGUGACAACCAGGAUGGGAAACCUAGAGAAACUAUUUCCUGAAAAUUAUCAAAAGAUAAUGAAUAUAUUUACCUGCACUGAGUACAGCAAUUUCAAUGGCAUGAACCACUGAUAGUGUUCUGUGUAUAUAUUUUCAGUUAUUUUACAGGGACGAAAGAUUAAACUGCACUUGUAGCCAAACAUGCUUCGUAGAAACUGACUCUGCUUUGUAAUAUAAUUUAACACUGUGCCUUACCAUUGAUGUAGCCGCUAGCGUGAAUGUUCUCAUGUAAUGUGCUGCUAUUCUCAGCUAACAUUAUGCAAUGGAUGAUGAUUUAGCUGGUUUCAAGAAAUUACAGUCAGUAGUCCCUUCUUCACAUGCUAAGCAAAUUAUAUUUGAGUGCCUUUUGCUACAUGACCAAUCAGUGCCCAUUAUCAUUCUUGUCUCUGUUUUUUUUUCCCAAGUUAAGAACACAGAGUUAGACUAUACUGAUGAAGCUAAAAAAAAAAUUGGGAUACUCAUCAUCACAUUAUCUUUCUUCCCUUCUUUCUUCCUUACUGACAACAUUGUGGUGUAAUUCUUUGUGCUCAUUUAAUGUAUCCUCUUGCAUUCUUUAAAUUUCUUCCUAGGCUGAAUGAA